GCUGCUAGGCAACCAGGGGGUCACCUGCAAAACCCUUGCGCCGCUGAGCUGAGGUCCCGUCUCCCGUCGCCGCCGGGUGAGCGCCGCCCAUCCCGUCCCACGCCGCCUCCGCCUUCAGUUCACCCUCCAAGCAGGCGCUGCCGCACGAGGGAUCCGGUCCGUCUUCAAGGGGGGAGAUAGUCUCUUCCGCCGGGGGGAGCCGAGAUGAAGCCGGUGGUGGGGAUCGUGGUGUCGAACAAGAUGCAGAAGUCGGUGGUGGUAGCGGUGGACCGCCUCUUCCACCACAAGGUGUACAAUCGCUACGUCAAGCGCACCUCUAAGUUCAUGGCGCACGACGAGGCCGACGCCUGCAACAUCGGCGACCGGGUUAGGCUGGAUCCUUCCAGGCCCUUGAGCAGACAUAAGCACUGGGUUGUUGCUGAAAUUCUUCGCAGAGCUAAGAUGUAUGUUCCGCCAUCUGCAACAGCAUCCAGUGAAAAUGAUACCAAGGCUCAACAGUCUGGCGCUGCUACCAAAUGAUCCGCCUUUAGUUCCUUUGAGGCAAAGACACAGUUGCCAAUUUUUUUUCUGUGUGUUUGUUAACUUGUGGAAUGUGCAUGCAAUGUUUAAUCCAUAGAAGAAAUAACAUGGCAUCCAUCAUUUUUGCUGGACUCAGUUUGCUCUGUAGCGCCCUUUGUUUAAUGGCAGCCAAUGAGGAUGCAAUUACCAGAAUCAGUAAGACCAAUGUAUUCAUGAUUCCUUCACUUCCGA